AUGGCUGAGACAAGGUGGACAAAAACUCGCAAAGUACCGCAUACAACUGUGGAGCGGGUCAGCAAGAGGAUCCUCCCAGCCUUUGCCCACCGGUUCUUCUUCAGCCAGCCGCAGGAGUUCCGCUUGGCCCGGUUGUUCACGGGAGCGUUUUUCGGGGCGCUUGGUGGUGCCGGGUUAUUCCUUGGGCUUAUGCACAACAUCCCAGUGUCCAUGCUGUACAAAAUCAUUUUUGGAUGUGUUUUUAUUGGAUUGUGCAUUAUUGGUGGGGCAUUAUCUUCUUAUUUCCGCUGCUCCAUCUUACUGAUGUUUCCCAGCAUGCUUGGAUCCCGGGGCCAGACCUACCUUACACUUAUUGUAAUCUAUGGACUCUACCAAGGCCCCAUCUCCAACAUUCACCAUAAUGUGCAGGAUGUGGCCUUUUCUAUGGGCUGUAACAUAGAACUGCAGAUCCAGCACAGCAAAGUUAUGUGGAAGGUGGUGUUUGAUCCCUUCAUGCAAGUGAUGCAAGGCAUUGUGGAUGACCAAGGGAAGUUUCAGGAUGAGGCAAAGAAUGUGACCAGAAGUUUCCAGAGUGUCAGCAAGGAGGUGAUGCAGGGGUAUGGAUAUGACAACCAUGAAGAAGAACCUGUACUGAAGGGAAGAAGCACCCAGGAUGUGUUUGUUGCCAAGACCAUGAUGCGCUGUGAAUAUGUUGUGCAACAGGGUAUAGAUCGUUGUCAGGAAUGGUUCGAUGUUAAGUGGCAGGAGUGCAUGGAAACUGUGAAGGCGCCUCUGAUCAGCCACUUCCUUUGUGUGCCCAUGCAGUUCCAUUUCCUAUGUGACAUCAUGAGAGUAAUGACUCCCUGGUGCAAAGAGGAGAUCCCUGUGGAGGGGAACUUUGGACAAACCUAUGACAAGCUCAACUCUUCCAUCAACAAGCUGGGGGAAGACUUCACCACUUCCUUAGUCGCCAAGAAGACAGAACAGCAAUCUUUACUUGGAGUGACAGACUUACAUGAAGCAUUUUCUGAGGAGCUACGUAAAAACUUUGAGGAGAAGAAGGUCUUUGUAGAACAAUUGCUGGAGGUCUUCCAGGUCCUCCUCUCCUGCACUUUCAUCUUAAUCUUCAUCUCGGCAUUUAAUUAUGCCAGACAAUACUGCCAGGUCAUUCGCUUUGACAACAUGUACAUAACCACUUACUUCAGACAGAUAGAUGCCCGCAGGAGAAAGGCGGGCAAGCGUUACCUCUUACCACUGAAGAAAGCUGAAAGCAGCAAUUUCAUUUACCCCUGGAGUCUCUCCAUACACCCCAGUGAGCUCAAGCUUGUAACUGUUGGCUUGCUGAAGGUGUGUGGUCUGAGCUUCUUUGUUGGAAUUAUGCUGGCCACUGACUGGAUCCUGUAUCACAUCUUUGACAUCAUCCGCAGGCACACGUUCACGGAGUACUCCUUCACCAGCAGUCAUCAUAUAGAAGUCAACAUCGGUGGCAAAUCCAUGCUAGCUACGCUCCUACGGAAAACAAUUGGUGCCUUUAACACCUCCUCCAACAUCGACAUGAUGUCGAGCAACAGGCACUGCCUGCCCCAGCCGCGUGCUCUCAGCGGGGGGGAGUACCUGUGGAGCACGCUGCCUGUCCUGGUGAUGGUCCUUAUGUGCUGUCUGCAGGUGUACAGUAACCGCCUGCGGCGUGUCAUCUGUGCCUUCUAUUUUCCCAAGCGGGAGAAGAGGAGGGCUCUUUUCCUGUACAAUCUACAGAUCCAGAGGCGGAUCUCAUACCUGGACACCCAGCGCAAACGUCUAAUGAGACGAGGGAGACCAGGGAGGAAUAUGUUGUCAGUUUUCUCCUCCAUGUUUGAGAAACUAGGCUGUAGGCUUCAGUGGUGCUGUGUUUGCAGAGAGCGACAGAGAGGGAACCAGGGAGUGGAGUGUUCUGUCCAGGGCUGCAAAGUGGUCUACUGCCCCCAGUGCUGGAGGGACCUAGGCAGGAUUUGCUUUGCUUGCACCUCUUACGCCCAGUAUGACGUAGAAGACAGCCACAGUGAUUCGGAUGGCGACUAUGCUGAAUAG